UGUUUACAUUCACAUAACCAUAUUUAAGUUUUAUCCUAUUGCAAUCUAGACGAUUGUACAUUCGACAAAUAACUCGCUGUGAGAACAGACAUGACUAAUAACUAAUUUUCUCCAAAAGAGAAAUUGUUCAAGAAAUAUAUGGAAAUAUAAAUGGAAGAUAUUUCGCUUGGUGCACAUUUAAGAUAUUGCAACAGAAACAUGUAUUUUUAUCUUAUGUUUGUGUUAAUGUUUGUUAUGCGUAUUGCCGAAUGUGAAGUCGUGGAUUCGUUUCAAAGAAGUUGCAAAUCGUUCUUCUACAAAGGUUCUCCGCCAGAAGUAACGUGGACCUACUAUGUCAAUAUCACCGCAUCAAACAUAUGUCAACGAUAUCAGAACAGAUACCAUUUUGCUACGUGGUACAGUUCUACAUUCAGAAUACCUUUAUAUUCGGCAUACACACUGGAAACUUCUGCUCAACAAACUCGUAACAAAAGAGAAAAAACAUGGUUUAUUGAACCACAGCUGUCAGGCAUGAGCUAUUCAAACGAGAUGACAAUAGCGGGUACAUACACAAAUACGUAUAAGAUAGUUCAGGCGAUAAACGCUGAUUAUCGAAAUACAAACUAUGAUAAAGGUCAUCUUAAUCCAAAUUUCUACCAGAGUGGUGACAGUGGUACUGCUACAUUCACUCUCACAAACGCCGUUCCUCAGGACCCGUGCUUUAAUCAGCAAAUGUGGAAGGCUUUGGAAGUACGUUCAAAACAAACUAUGGAAAGGCUCUGCAGUUUUGCUGGUGCUAAAAGGUACUUUGUAACCGGUGCUGUUCCUUCAACAAUCCGUAUUCCCAAUGAUGAAACUGACAGAGAAAUGAACACACAGAGGGAAUAUAACCGAGUCAGUGUUCCUAGUGUCUUGUGGACAGCGGCUUGUUGUGACUCUUCUAAUGCACCGAAGAAUGAGGACAAACAUAAAGGUUUCUCAUUUGGCUAUUACGGUGAAAAUAAACCUGACUCUUAUAUAUUUCCUUCCCCAGUAGGCCUGCUAGAAAACAUACUUCAAAGAACAUAUAUAGGUGUGGCGAAUUUUAAGAUUUUUAAAGACUCCUGUUAUUCCUCGUCAAAUAACUCUGAAGAGGCCUUAUCUUCUUUGACUGUUCCAUUACACCGUAAGCUUGGAAGAUUAAUUUAUUCUACGACUGGCCAAUAUGGGUCGACAAACCUUCUUGUUAAGAGAGACAAUUAUAUGUUCAGCAUAUAUUCAGGCAUGCAGAGUAAUGAGGAUAUUGCUGACGAAGAUUGGACAAUGGGUGUGACUUUUGGAAUAAGAAGCAAACGUAGCAGUAUUCGGCACAUUCGUGAUUUGUUAGCUCCUUUUAAAUUGGCAACUCUCCUUGUAUCUCCAAGACACUCCAACGUUGAAAAACGUGAAUUGCUUAAACUGCCUUCAGAAACGAUUGACGAGUAUGCGGUUGUACCCUCUGAGCAGCCGACACUCAGUGCAACUGGUUCCCGGUGCCGCCAAGAUCAUCCAUGCGAUUAUUACUCGAAAUCUUACAAAUGGUGCUACACCGAUAGGAAAGACCACUGGGAUUAUUGCUGUAAUGGUACAUGUGGAUUUGAGGAAGGGACACGCUACUCUUGGUGCUAUACAAGUGGAUCGCGACACUGGUGGAGCAGCAAAUGGGCGUACUGUUCACAAAGAAGUUCCAUGAUAACUGUUACCGGUGAACGAUGUAGGCUGGACCAUGAAUGCGGGACCCAUACUACAGGUUACUAUUGGUGUUAUCUAGACACAGGUAACUUCUGGCAAUAUUGUUGUCAACCUUGGCACGACUGUUCUUACCAUGGUGAAUCCUAUAAAUGGUGUUAUGUUGGAUAUAAGAAUACAACAAAAUGGAAAGAAUGCAAUUAUUGAGCAAAAAGUGAGGAAUCAAUUAAGAGCGAAAGAUUUACUUGAAAUUCCGAUAUAGAACAAAUGCUGGCCAUGCUUUAAUCAAAUUAAUAAUAAAUUGCGACAUUACAUAUACAGACCUGAAUAUAUGCACAUAUUUGAGAAUUGAAUACUACUUUUUGUGCGUUUAUAAGGGUAAUAAUCUUGUCACUUCUUACAAAUCCAUGAAUCGUACUAGCGAUUUUUGGAUGAUCUGCAAUAAGUCCUAAUGUUGUUCUACUCGUAUAAACGCACAAAAAACAUUCAAUUCUUGUAUUUACAUGUCUACAAAAGGUAACCAAAAACAAAUAAAUGGUUUGGAUUUCAUGAAUUGUAGAAAAUCAAAAUAGAUGUCAGAAUAUCGAUUAUACAUAUCAAAAGAAUAGUCAGAAAGACACAAAAGACACGCUAACGUUUAAUUGUAAUUCGCCUUCCAAAAAAAAAAAAAAAAAAAAAUAAAUAAAUAAAUAAAUAAAAAAAAAAAAAA